AACACGUUCUUUUUUCUUUGCAGAAAUAUGGUGUCAAGAUUUAUUGCCAAGUACCCCAUUGUAAAAACAAUGGGUGCUUAUUUCUGUAUAAAUGUGGCAGCAGACUUUAACGAGCAGGUGCUCAUCAAAGGGAGAACAAAAGAGACAUAUGACCUAGGGAAGACAGCGAGGAUUGCUGCCACAUGCACUUUCGUCACUUCACCAAUGAUGUUUGUUUGGAUCAGGUUUAUAGAUAGGGCUAUCCCUGGAAAAGCUUUACUGUCUGUUGUGAAGAAAGUUGUUGCUGAUGCUUUCGGUUUUGCCCCAUGUGUAAUCUCCACAUUCUAUAUCACCACAAAUAUUUUAGAAGGCAAGAAGGAUUUAACAGCAGAAUGGAAGCAGAAGUUUUAUCCCACAUGGACGACGGGAUUGUGUUAUUGGCCCUUUGUCCAGACUGUAAAUUUUGCCAUGAUACCUUUAAAAUAUAAAACCUGCCUUUAUAUGCCAACAGCGUCUUUCAUCUGGAUGAACUAUCUUUGCUAUAUGAAAGACAAGAAAAUUGUUUAUGGUGAUGAAGAAAAAGACAAAAAAUCUGUGGUAGCAGCUAGUCCAGUGUUACAGAGUGAACAUUUAACACAUGUGUUUAAAGUGCCUACAGAAACACAGAGUUCAGUGCCACACACUUUUUUUCAAAAUGUAGACAUUCAUACAUCCUCACAUAGACUGUGUUCAGAAACUUCUGCGAAAGAAUUGUCAAAAGCCCAAAGUUCACAGCCAUCAGGACACUGUGUUCAAAGUGAUGCAGGUUUUAGUGUUACUCAAGUAGUUUCUCAACAGUCAAGAAUACAGUUACAAACAGACUUUUUUACACAUGCGGUUAUUCUUAGCCCUUACUGAAGAAGACUACACCAUUGUGGACUAGUUACAAGUUUUCUUUUAAGCUCACCUGAGCCUUGUUUAGGGCGAGCAAUGAGUAUAGAUGGAGUCACAGUGAGUUUGAGACUGAAAAGGAUUUCCACUUGAUCAUUAAAGAAAGCUUUUGCCUACAGUAAUUAAACAUCAUAGGAUGAUUGCUUGUGGUCAGUCUAUGACCACUAUUGUUUUGGGGUCAUUAGGUCAAAGGUGAAGGUCCCAGUGCCCUUGAUACUGAUGACAGUUUCAGCUCAGUAACUAAGAACACUUAUACUUCGUAGGAUGAACUGUCUUUGAUCAGUGAUGACCCCUAUGGCUUUGGGGGUUAGCAGGUUUAAGGUCAAAUCCCAGCGACCUAGACUGAAAAUAAAUUCUGCUUGAUAGUUAAAAAAUGCUUCGGCUGUCGAUCUUCAUAGGAUGGUUGCCUGUAGUCAUUAUAUAGCCCCUUUGUUUUUAGAGGUCAAAGGUCAAGGUUUGUUUAUACACCCAUUUGCUCCCUACAGACCACCGUGGAUGCAUAUGUGUUUUACAAUUAGCUCUUAUUCUUUGUGAAACUACUGGCGGCCAGUGUAAUGCCAAACUUGGUUUGAAGCAUUCUGAAUGGACCUGUCCCAAGUUUGUUCAAAUGGUUUUACUUGGCCCCUUUUAUGAUUCACAAGCUGUAAAAAGAAAACGGCAUUCAAACAACUUCACUUGAUGGAUGUACAUUAAACUUGGUAUUAUCCAGUUUGUAUUAUCCUUGUACAGAACACUCUUCAAUUUCAAAUGGUUUGGCUUGGCUCAUUUAAAGAACUACCAGAGCUUGAAAUAGAAAAAAAAUGUUCCAGUGACAUCUUCUCUUUAACCAAAUAUUAAAAAAAAAUGUUCCAGUGACAUCUCUUUAACCACAGAUGGAUCUUCACCCUGUCCUCUCUUAGAUUUGUUCAAGAUGUUCUGCUUGCUACCUUGUAGGGGCUGCCAGAGCUAAAAAUGGAAAAAACAACUUAAAACAACUUGUUCUUAUGAAUCACUUGAUGGGUUUUCCCAAACUUUGUUCCACAGCUGCUAAUCGUCCUGGCAUGUACCUCGGUCUGUAUCGUUCAGAUGGUUUUGAAACAUAUAAGUCUGAUUUUAAACAUCUUUUUCCUCAUGAACAGUUUGAAAUAAUCUUGGUCUGUAGCAUCACUGGAUGGACCUUUCUAAGAUUUUUACGGUUUUGCUUAACUUAAGGUGGGGGUUGCUAGCCAGAGCUGAAAGAAAACCCUUUUAACAACUUCUUCAGUCUUAAUUCUGGUCUGAAUUAAAGGUCAGAAGGUCAAGAUCCUCCUUGGGUGAGUGAUCUAGUCCGAUUUGGAUUGUUUGUUUAAUUUCAAAAGUUUUUAAGUUAACUUAUUUGUGCCAAAGAAUUUUUAUUCAAAUAAAGUUUUAAACUAA